AUGAAACUGAGCAGCAAGAAGAAGCUGCACGCCCUGUGCCUGGCCGAGAAGAUCCAGGUGCUGGAGCUCCUGGGCGAGUCCAAGAUGUCCCAGUCAGAAGUGGCCCGGCGCUUCCAAGUGUCGCAGCCCCAGAUCUCACGCAUCUGCAAGAAUAAGGAGAAGCUGCUGGCCGACUGGUGCAGCGGCACCGCGAACCGCGAGCGCAAGCGCAAGCGCGAGUCCAAGUGCAGCGGCCUGGACGAGGCCCUGCUCUGCUGGUACCACAUCGCGCUGGCCAAGGCCUGGGACGUCACAGGGCCCAUGCUGCUGCACAAGGCCAAGGAGCUGGCCAACCUCAUGGGCCAGGACUUUGUGCCCAGCAUCGGCUGGCUGGUCCGCUGGAAACGUCGGAACAACGUGGGCUGCGGGGCCCGCCACGUGCUCUCGCUCCCCUUCUCCAGGGAGCUGCCCAUGUCAGGGCUCUGGCCUCCAGCCUCGCCGCCUCUGUCCCUGAGAGACUUCUCCCCGGAGGACGUGUUCGGCUGUGCCGAGGUGCCCUUGCUGUACCGGGCGGUGCCGGGCCGCGGGGGCGCCCUUGAUGAGAUCCGGGUGCUGCUCUGCGCCAACAGCAGGGGCUCGGAGAAGCGGCCGGUACUGGUGGCGGGGCGCCAGGCCACCCCGAGAUGCUUCUUUGGGGUCAACAACGAGGCACUGCCUGCCUCCUACCACCCCGAGCUGGGCAUCCCGUGGGCACGGUGGCUGGCGCAGUUUGACAGGGACAUGGGCCGGCAGGACCGCCAGGUGGCCCUGCUGCUGGCCGCCCGGGUGCUGGAGGCGGGGACGCGCCCGGCAGGCCUGCACCACGUGCGGCUCCUCCCGCUGCCCGCCUCCGGCGCCCCGCCCGCCCUGCCCGCCGCCGUGGUGCGCGCCUUCAAGGGCCAUUACCGCCGGCGGCUGCUGGCCAGGCUGGCCGCGGUCCAGGGCGAGCGCGGCGACACCUGGUCGGCCGAGGCCGCGGUGGGCGUCACAGUGCUGGACGCUCUGCACCUGGCGGCGGCCGCCUGGGCCAAGGUGCCGCCUCGGCUCAUCCUCAGCAGCUUCAUCCGGGAAGGGCUUGCGCCGGGCAAGGCACCCCCGUCCCCGGACAGAGCCCGUGCAGCGUCGCCGGCGCCCCGCGGGCUGAGCCCGGAGGAGUUCUCCCGCUUCGUGGACCUGGAGGACGAGGAGCCGAACCCCGGAGUGUGCAAGGAGGAGACGGGCUGUCCAGAGGACCAGGCCCUGCCCACCAAGGCCGACGCCCUCCGCGCACUGGGCACACUGAGGAGGUGGCUCGAGUGCAAUGGCACUUCCGGCGACAUCUUCGAGAAAUUCUACAACUGCGAGGAGGAGGUGGAAAGGCUCUGCAGCCGGUGA